AUGGCCGUUGCACCUCCGCAACGCAUCCGCGACGCCAAUGCCUCCCACAUGCCGCCCCCUCCUACACUCGUUAGCACACGGAAGCGUCGUCAUGAUGACGAUGCUCCCGUGAAGGAGCCUCGCGUGGACCACGAUAGCGAGAGCUCCGAAACGAGCAGCGAGGACGGCAGCCGCGCCAACGACACCAGUUCCAGCGAGGACGACAGCACCGGUGGCACCGCAUCCAAACCAGCCAGGAACAACCAAGACAACGAGGGGGACGACAACGGGGACGACGAUAACGAAGACGGGGACGCCAACGAAGAUGGGGACAACAACGAAGACGGGGACAACAACGACGAUGGGGAAGACAACAACAACGGGGACAACGGGGACGACAACAACAACGGGGAAGACAACAACAACGGGGAAGACAACAACAACGACAACGGGGACGACGACGACGACGAUGGGGAGGACGACGACGACGAUGGGGAGGACGACGACGACGAUGGGGAGGACGCCAACGACGACGGGGAGGAUGCCAACGACGACGGGGAGGACGACGACGACACCCACGUCCACGCCAACGACGACGGGGAGGAUGCCAACGACGACGCCCACGUCACCCACAUCCACGCCAACGACGACGCCAACGCCAACGACGACGCCAACGCCAACGACGACGCCAACGUUAACGACAACGCCCACGUCACCCACGUCCACGCCAACGACGACGCCCAUGCCCACGCCAACGCCAACGCCAGCAACACCAACGCCAACGCCAGUGCCAGUGCCAACGCCUCCAGCGCCAACGCCUCCAACGCUAACACCACCGCCAAUCCCAACAUCGUGAAUGAAGGUUCCUACAUGGCCCCCAAGCCCGCAGCUGCCUCUAAGCAUGUCCGAGGCAGUGAAUAUCUCACCACUGACCUCGGAAUGUUGGAAAUCAGCCCAGUUACUCCACUUCGGCUUGGCCACCUUCCUGAUCAGCAGGAUAUUGACAUGGAUGUAGAAGGGAGCCCACCAGCACUUGGGUCUUCACGCACCACUGGGGGUUUCUUGCGUGGCAGGGCAUUGGGAAAUGCUUUAAACCAUGCUGAUUUUCCAAAAGUUGGCUCUGGCAAUGUUUUUUUCACAGGGAGUGCUCUAGUUGACUACAAAGUUUUCGCCUAUCUGGUCUAUAAUGACCCAGUCAAAUUUAAUGUCAUUCCAGACCCUUCUCUUCUGGCUAACAGCAUCUUUCGUAUCUCCACUGUUCCACCUCUGGAGUCAGUGCUUGUUUUAAAGAAGGUUGCUAAUCGGCUUGAUACUGCCACGGGUGCUCAUGUUUUUGCUCAGUCAAAUCUGUCUGGUUCUUGGCAGUGGAACUUAUUGGGACAGUAUGAGUAUGCUUUAAUGGCUAAUGAAAUACUUGAAGUGAAUGAAAAUAACGAGUGUCAUGUUCUAUUUUGCCUUCGAAACAGCUCUUCAUUUUCUCCAGGGUCAUCUUACCCUCCUUCUACUCACAUUUCUGGUUCUAUGUCUCGUUAUGCUUUGUCUGAAUCUCGUUCUGGGUCUAUGUCUCAUUCUCGUCCUGAUACUUCUUAUUCUCGUCCUGGUACCCCCAUGGAUAUUUCUGUACCAUCUGGGGUACCCUCUGGCUCUAAACGUACUAUUGAUGAGAACUUGCUGCGUAGACUCAAGGCAGCUGGCCUGACGAUUAAUGUUCCUCUUUGCUAUGAUACAAACCCUACCCUUCAGGUUAUGUACCAACGCUACACCCACAUCCAUGAGAUUCUGGCAAUAGUGGCUGACAUGGUUGCUGAGCGCAAAUGGCCAGGAGAGGUUGGGAAGUAUCCCAAUAAAACUGAGAUCAUUGGGCUUUUUGUGGCGAAAACGACUUGGCAUGAUUCCUAUGCCAAAAUCUUUCCAGUUGUAGAGGGAUAUGAGGACAUGCUGGCCUGGUUGGAGGGUGAAUCUGAUUGCAAAUCAGAUCUUGAACUUUGGGGAUUUGUGAAAUCUAAGUACACUCUUGCAGACUUGGGAGAAUGGCUCAAGAAGCAGAAAGGCAAGAAAGCAGUUAAGCUUGCAACCAAAUCUGCUGCCAAAUCUGGAAAGGGCACAAAGGAGAAGGAAAAGGAAAAGAGGCAAGGUUCGGGGUCAGGGUCUGGAAAGGGAAAUGAAAAAGAAGUUAAGCAGAAAGAAACAGUUUCAAAGGAGGUGGAUAAUAAGAAGAAGAGUCACAAGAAGAAAAAGGUUGCUGCUAGUGGUCAUCAGUUACUCCAGGUGCUUCCAGCUCAAUGUGUAACCUUUGCAAUCUGGCAAUUGUUUAUGAUUCUACAAAUGCUGACUUUGGCAAUCUGGCAAUUGUUUAUGACUCCACAAUUGCUUGGUCCCUUUAUGAUUCUGAUGUUUUUGUGCCCUGGUGCCAAUGCUAUGCAAAAUGAACAGGCAUUUCCAGAUAUUCCAUUCAAAGUGUUUAAUGCUUUUAUUGCACAAAAUUUCAGCUCGAAAAUUACACUAGCAACUGUGUUGAUGCUGUUCUUUACAAUAACUGAAAAUACAGAUUUAUUGAAUCUGCAUCAACGCCAGCAAAAUCCCCAACUUUCGGAUGAAAAACGGGUGAAUUUGAGCUCAUGGAUAAGAUCACUGGCUCGUCAAGUUGAAAGGAAGACCCCAAAGCCAAAAUUCAAAACUUUGUUUAAACAGUCAGAGAAUCUGACGUUAAUUCCUGAAAGUCAAGUUAUAACCAGGGUUGGAACAAAGCUUAAUGACUUUGCUGAAUUAUUGGGUCUCAAUUCCUUUGGGAGUGAUGGAAGGCUAAUACAAAGACUCCAGCCAAUUUCAAAAAAAGAAAUUCAGCCAAUCAUGAUAAUUUGCCCACCAUCAAAUGCUUGUUCUGAUAAUAAAUGUCGAGGACGUGCUAUUUUGCAACAAUCUGAUGUUCAAGAACUUGCCAUGACAACUCUGGUUAAAGGUUCUGAAAUCUUUAAAGAUGUUGCCAUUCUGAGUGGAAAAUGUUCUAAUUGCAAAACUCACUAUUUUGCUGAUCAUGAAAACUAUCCUCAAGUUGGAGGUCCUUGGAAGUGGGUAUACCUUAAUGAUGCAAAAUAUUUGAAACUUGGAAAAUCUCUAUAUGUUGACCAGUGUUUUUCAAAUGCUGUUGUUAACGGAACAUACAGCUUUCAUGCAUCAGUUUCUGCUUAUGCUGAAUUUUGGACCAACAGCUAUGGAAAGCAAGAGUCACUCAAAAUUGAAAGGCGUCAAAUCUGGCAGGCAUUUCUUCAUGAAACUGUUCAUACCAUUGCUCAAGCAUCAGGAGUCAUGUUCGAAACAAAUGAUAAUCCAUCAAUUGAUGAUUUCACUCAUGAUGCAUUUGCUAUUCUGGGUGAAGGUGGUGCUAUGAGGCUUUCUGAUAAACACACCUGCUCUGAGUGUACUCAAGAAUGCAAGGCAGUUGCAGAUUUUCUACCUGCUCCCAAUGAUGCAGCAGCUGUCCUUGGUGUUGAAGAGAAUCAAGAUGGUACAAGACCAGACUAUAUAUGCAUUGAUAAGGCAUGUCUGGUUCUUAGAACAAGCAUUCAAAAUGGAAGCUGGGAGGAAUGGUGCAAGACUAGCCGACUUAUAGUUGACGCAUAUCAUUACAUCAACCAUUGCACUACAGAUAUGAUCUGCCAAAAAUAUUGCAACCCUGCUCCUCUUGAUGGAUCAGCACCUAAUUUGGUUGUUGAAGCAGAGACAAAAGAUGGGGAAAAAUAUUUGAAACGAGGAUUCAAUACUCAAGCAUGCAAACAAUUGAGUGGGUGGAUUGGAGCGUUUGAUUCUAUCUUGAAAAGGAUGACCGUUGACAAUUUCAAUUGGUUUUUGCAUGCAAUGUUAUUUUAUCAUACCUGA